GAGUGUAUCGAUUGAUUCUGCGAAACAGUCUCUGUAACGAAGACAGUCUUUGGGGAUUUGGAAAGUGUUCUCAGGAAUGCCAGUCUCGCAUAUAUGUAUGUUACGCUAUAAAAUGUUGCGACAUGAGCACAAUGGCAAAUGUUAAUAGUACUCUCGAAGCUUCGAAUAACUUUGGACCAGUUUGAAAUUUUAACGAAGGAAUUGAGUUUGGUGUUGAGUGCUUGCAAAAAGAUAGAAGUAAACAACAUUGGCGUUGUAACUGAUUCAAGGACAUUUGUUCAACCAUCUUUAAAAGCGGUUCCUUUGAUCAAUAUCAACGACGUUGAUCAUCUCUCACGGGUUGAAAGAGAUCAAAAUCUGCACACAUUCGUCGUAAUUCCAUCGACUGUUGAACAUUUAGAAAGUACAAUAACGAAAUUAGAACGCACAACCUGGUGGAAUCCAUCUGCGCUCUACGUUAUUCUAGACGACAACGUUGCGCGGAAUGGUUGCAAAAACGCUCGUCCUUUCUUAAAAACCGCUUGGAACAAAGACCUGCUAUCCUCCGUAUUCUUCUGUAUCAUGGAACACCGCAACACCGAAUUCAGAAUGUACACGUUCAACCCGUUUACCUCGCGAGCACCAAAAUCCUGGCAGAAAAUGAGAGAGGGGACAAACGAGACAAACAAAAAUCGCGAUCAUUCCUGGACUCUGUUCACCCGAACAUUUCAUCCUGGUCGGACAACCUGCGGCAAUUUGGACUUCGCGAAAACAGGCACACUGGGAGGAUACAGAAUGAAGGGAAUGGGUCUGCACAACCCGCCCAGCCUGACGAUCGAUCCUUCGAAAGGAAGUGGAGGCAAGCUGGGCGGUUUCAACGGCAUAAUAACGGAAAUACUGUUGUCCAAGUUGAACGGGAGCAUGACGGUAACAGGGAUCACGAACGACACUCGUUCCUACAAGUUCUUGCACUUGGUGGCGAGUGGGAAGUACGACGUGUUCCUGAAUACUCAGUACGUGUUCAAUAAACCGAAUAUAACCACCACUUAUCCCCACGUGAACUCGGGUAUCAGUAUUCUGACCAGGUAUCCGGAUAACGAGGCGGUAUACGUAAAGGUGUUGAAGUUCAUGAACCCUGUGUUCAUUUUGUGUUGCGCGGUGGUUGGUGUGAUCACCGUGAUAAUUCUCGAGGUGUUCGUGGGUCGAGGAAUGAUUCACGCGAGCUUAGAAAUGAUCCGAGUGGCGUUGAACAAUUCUAUGACGCGCUUCCCUGAACAAGGUGCAUUGAGAGUCUAUUUGAUCACCGUAUUCCUCUUAUUCAUGCUCACCUCUUCGACGUUCCAGAGUAAUCUGUCUUCUUUGCUCACCUCGUCGAUUCCUAGAUUGACGAUAGAUUCGGACGAAGAGUUGAAGACGUCUGGUUUCGAGAUCUACGCGUAUCACGGUUACAGAAAUGCCGUGUUCGACGACGUGCUGUUCACUCGUGUGAAGAUGGUGGAUCAUUGGGAUUGUAGCGAGUACGUGAGGAAAGAUAGGAACGUGGCCUGCGCCGCGGACAGGACCACGUUGCUGAAAAUCGCUUUCGAGAAGGGGCUUCAUCUGUCCAAGCAUAGGAUAAAUACUUUGUUCUCGGCAUACGUGGUACGCCCUAAUUGGCCGUUGAAAGAUAGAUUCACUUCGAUGUUGCUGCAUCUGUCGGAGACAGGAUUGAUCGAUCAUUGGUGGGAGAAGGUGAUGGCCAAAUACGUGCACAAAUGGUUGAAGAGGACUGAGAAGAGGACCGAGGAUGAGAAGAGAAAUUUCACCGUGAUGACGUUGAACGAUCUCGAUUUCGCGUUCUACAUCCUCGCGUUCGGGCUUUUCGCGUCCGCAUUGAGCUUUCUGAUAGAGAUAUCGACGCGGCGCCUAAGAGUAACGCUUGAGAGAAGGGAAAAGAACGACUUUCCCAUUUUUCCGUUCACUCUUUGAGAUAUCUUCUUUUCAAUUUAACGGAUACAAAAUUCUUUUUCUUCGUAGUAUAGUUCGUUCAAGAUUCGAGAAAAACAAUUAUAGAUAUAAUUAUAAUUCGUAAGUGGAACUAGCGGGAGGAGAUUGAAGAAUAAAUGUUAAUUGGUCAAUAUUGUA